ACAUAAUUGUUUUAAUUGUAAGCUGUGUGAACGAAAUGCAAAAUUUCCAUGUGUGCCCUUUCUUUUGUCUGUUUCAAAAUCUGUAUAUGUGUUGGGAAAUUCUGCGUGUUGUUGUCUGUGUUUACGCAAAAUUUUAAGGUUAACAGCCACAUGUUGCAGCCGUUUGUUUGUGUUCCUGUAAAUAUUGAUUGCAAUACUUUGCAGGAGUUGUCGUCAUUGCAUCUGAUGGAUAUUGGUCACCUCGCACCAACAAUGGGAAGGAAAAGAUUGAAGACAAUUGCCGAACAACAUAUCCAAAUGUCUGACACUAUCGCUGGCUCUUGUCGAAAGCGGCCAGUUGCACCAUUCAUUUGUUACAGCCAGCAACAAUUCAAGGAAAUGCAAGGGCCAGACAACACUCGACGAAAAAUGACUAGAAAGGAGAUUGGGGAAAGGUGGAAGGCACUCCCCUCUGAUAAGAAAAAGAGGUUUGUGGAAAUGGCUAAGGCGAGCGCUGAGGAACACGCCAAAGUAGUACCAUGUGCACCGAAGUCUGAAAAGGGUAAAAGGCAACUCCGCAUAUCAUUGAAGUCAAUUGUUGAGCUAGUUAACCGGUUCAACGAAGCACAAAAGCAGGCAGUCAUUGACAUUGGGUUUGCUGGCCUCCUGGGAAUGAAGUGUACACGUAUAGAUCACGACUUGUGCGCAUGGUUGGUACAGAACUUCGAUCCUGACAGUAGUUCAUUGAAUGUUUAUGGUUGUCAAGUCAGGCUCACGUGUAAGGCAGUUAAUGUUUUAUUGGGAAUACGGUGUGAAGGCGAUGACGUGCAGUUGGCUGGGUCAUUGGAAGCAUAUUCCAAUAUCUACGAUGAGGUUGGAGUUAUUAACGGAGUCAUUCCUUUGAACAAGUUGAGACUUUAUCUGACCGAGACUGCUGGUGCGGAGGAUGAGUUUCGGCGGAAAUUUGCGCUGUACGUGUUGGGGGCCAUGUUGUGUCCUACCACAAUGACCGGGUUGAAGCCAUCGUUCAUUCAUGCCGUGAAGGACGUGAAUCGUAUGCGAGCUUGUAAUUGA